AACCCCAAAGCCAGCAGGAGCUGCCGCAGCAGCAGCCCGCGCCCCCGCAGCACCAACAACUGCCUCAGGAUAUACAGCAGGACGAUGUGGAGGACCACGACGACCAGGAGGAGGGCUCGGACGACAUGGGCUCGCCGCUCACCAUGGACGAUGACGAGGACGGCGACGAGGACGGCGACGGCGACAGGGUCAUCUACCCGUGGAUGAAGAAGAUCCACGUUGCCGGCGCAAGUGGCGCGUAUGGCUCGAGAACAGGAGGCGACAACGUCCUGAAUAGCAAUGGCGGCUUCCAGCCCGGGAUGGAGCCCAAGCGGCAGCGGACGGCGUACACGCGCCACCAAAUCCUGGAGCUGGAGAAGGAGUUCCACUUCAACAGGUACCUGACGCGGCGGAGACGCAUCGAGAUCGCGCACACGCUCGUGCUGUCGGAGCGCCAGAUCAAGAUCUGGUUCCAGAACCGGCGCAUGAAGUGGAAGAAGGACAACAAGCUCCCCAACACCAAGAACGUCCGGCGGAAGACCAACCCGGCCGGCGUGACCACCACCGUGGCGGGCGCCAGUCCGAAGGGCGGCGCCAAGACGCGCAAGAACAACAACAACAACCGGCGGACGCAGAACAACAACAAGGAGAGCCCCGACAUGGACCUGCCGCCGGAGGGGGGCGCGGUGGGCAGCGCGGGCAGCACGGGCAGCAGCGGGGCGUCCCCGGACCUCAUGCACCCCCUGGCCGCGCUCAGCCACAGCCUGGCCACCAGCGGGCACUCCAGAUCGCCGCCGUCGCAGGGGACCACGCUGUCGCCCCCUGGCGGACUGAAGCAGGAGCACCUCGGCGACGGCCUCCACCACCACCACCAACAGCAACAGCACCACCACCUCAUGGGCAUGCCGCACCAGCAGCAGCACCAGCAGCACCACCAGUGGGGCAGGCACAGCUCGGGUGGUGGGCUGCUCGCCGACGGCGGCACGUCCCCGUCGUUGCUGCACCAGCUCGGCCAGCUCACGCCCCUCACCCCCGCCAUGCCCGCCAUGCAGACGUGCUCCCCCGUCAUAAAGUCAGACUACGGACUCACGCCGCUGUAGCGCCGCAUCCCAGUUCCUCUUAGUUGUUAGCUCCCACGCCGUGAUUCCUGCCAUCACUGCCACACUGUAAGUGUCGCCAAUUCGUGUCGGAACCAACCCCGUGUACAUUUUAGGUGGAAAUGUUGACAAUAAUGCACCAAUGCAGCGCGCAGGCAUGUCGGUGAUAUUUUAUUUUGUGUAGUCAGAGGACGCCCCCUGUCGAUAUGUGUUAUGUAAAUAGGAAGAGCAUUCAAUUGUGAUAAUCCCUGUAAUCAGAUGUUUGUUUCGCCAUUUUAAAAGCCAGAAGUUUAGGUAAAUGAUUCCCGUAAUGUGUUUGAUCAUGUGUGACUAGAUGUACAUGUAAAUAACUCUCCGUUUAAACCAGUGCCCACAUCCAGCGGACACCGUGAGAGUCUUACCUCACGGUUACAAACGUUACUGUCAAUUCUGUAUGUUUGCGAGAAAGAUGUCUCUUCCUUUCUUGACAUUGUGUUCGUUACAUUCGUGCAGACACUGCUGAGUACGUGACAUCGGCUCAUUUUCGUGAUAGGUAUUCUAGUUGCAGCGAUAAGAAUGACCUUAAGCAGCCAAGUUAAAAUUUAACCAUUUCAUGUUGUGAUUUGUUUUGGGUUUUUGGAAUGGUGCUACCAUUUCAACGUGACUUACUUAUCUGCCUCGUUCUUCAAUAGGUCCUAUUUUGAAAUUAUUUAUUAUAGAAAUAUAUAUUAUACUAAAAUGUUUCAUGGUUCUUGACAUUAGUCGAACAGAGUGCAGAACGUACAACUUGGUAACCAAAACAGGCAAUUAUUUCUUCAUGUACGUAGGAAAAAAUGUACAGAUAAAAUACUUAUCUAUGAUAUUUUUCGGUAAAUAAGCUUUUGGAGGAAUUGGUGCGAUGAGUGUCCUGUGUAUGUGAGGUGUUUUAGGAUUCGGUGUUGUAACUCGAACUUCUUUGUGCCAUCGUUAUGUUUUCCUGAUCCUGGAUAUUUGGUUUCAUUAAAUUUGAGAAUUUUAUUGUGCUUGCAAAAGUCGUGAUAAAAGAGCUCAGUAUUUUUACUUUGAAGAAAGUACUGAUACAAAUUGUGUCAUAAGGUAUUGUAUGUUUGUAAUUUAAGUCACCCAUUGCUUACUUUUAGUGAAUGCAAGACUGGCGCACAUUGUAAAUACACAUUUUAUUGUUGUCUGAUUUUUAAUUGUUCCUUUAAUGCAAAAUGUUAUUUUGCAGAAGUUUAUUAGUCAUUUCGUUUAUAGUGCGUUUACCUCGGGGACGCAAAACUUAUAUCCACUCUCUCCACGUUCCGUUGCCCAUCUUUAUUACGUGCCACAAUAGUCUAAGCCGUUGUCUGUCACAAAGUUGCUUUAGACAGUCAUCUGUGUAGUGUAAACGUGCUCUACAAUAAUGCAACCGAAAUGUACUAAAAGUGUGAUAAUUUCUGUUGGA